CUGGUUGUGUGCCAGUAUGCGAAGAGGUCACUUUGUUAUUCAGUAGCAACUCUGCAGAGUCCUCGAGCAUGUGAAUGCACCAUGAGUAAUGCAAGCAUUCGAAGUGUAGCCGUUCGACACUUUGGUGAAUUACUUAACGAUAUGUGUCAGUACACAUGGAUGCUCAACAGUGUGAUUGUAGGAGGCUUGGUGCCCCUGAUCCUGUUUUUGGAGGAUAGAGACACAAGGGUAGUUAAAGCAUGUAAAUUUACAUUACAAAUCUGUAUCUCACAAUUAAAGUGGCCCAUACCAUGUUUGCUCAAAGAUAGAAGUUACAGUUUUGAGCUGUUGGUGCUCAGCAUCUGUAACAAUCUUAUCAUUACUCAUAGGAACCAUAUUACAGAUUUGAUAUCUGACACGUUAGGGUUCCUGGGGAGUUCCCGAACAUAUCUGAGGAGAACAUCAACUAUUUUAUUAGGAUAUUUGACAAAAGUGGGUGGCUCUUUGCUCCUCAGAGAUGAAGUUGAAGUCAUGCUUGGGGCUAUUGAACGAGUGCUUCGAGACGAAGACCCUCUGAUCAAGCAGUUGGGAGAAAUAACCCACAACAUUAUUAAGGAACUAUCCCAUGCAAUAACCUACUUAACUGUUAAACAAAAUUUACAAAGAUUUCUUAAGUUUUUCUACAUCAAAAAAUUGAAGCCUCUUUAUAAUUAUACCACGCCCUUCGAAGACCAGAUAGACAGUACUAUGGAGAGUCAAGAUUUCAAGAAUUAUGAGGAGGACCUCACAGAAGAGAAUGAUUACCAACUUAUUGGGAUUUCUGAGUUCUUUUCACUCCAUUUGGUAAAACACACAACUCUUCGUUGGUUCCAACUCCAACCUGGAUACCCAGAUUUUCCAUAUGCUCCUGAAGAUAAUAAGGCAUCCUUUCAAUAGAUUCCACCUUCUUCGGGAGAUAGUUGUGGUUAUGAACAGCACCUUUCUCCUUGGUACAUUUUUCAAAUUAUAAUGAUCUUGGCAGACUUCCCUAUUGUUUAUAGGGGAAGAUAGAAAUAACUAACAUGGCCACUGAGGCCAUGCAGAAGCUGACCCUGUAUCAUUUGCCAACCCCAUGGGACACUCCCCUGCCUACUGUCUGUGCUCCAGAGGCACGGGCCUUCUCGGUUCCCCACGCCUCCCCACGUACUAGGACAUUCUUUCCCUACAUGCUCUCCCUGUGCCUGAAACACUCUUCCUUCCCCCUCAGCCAGUCAGUUCCCACCCAUUCUUCAAAAUCCAACUGAAAAGUUAUCUCCACAAGGAAGCCUCUCUCACUUCUCUAACUCCCAAUUGAUUUGAGGAUUCAGCUAAUUCUUCACCAUUUCCCUGGCUUCAUAAGACUAACUGGGCUGCCUCACUUUUGGGCUUGCAUAUUGAAUCAAUACACUUAUCACAG